CCAGCAGAGUACGUUGACGUGUGGAGAUCAGAAGUUGUGUCCAGAGUGUGGAGUGAAGAGAGACACAGCUGUCCUCACCAGCAUGGCCAAACCACCUGAGAUACUGGUGCUGCACCUCAAACGUUUUGGUUGCCAUGGGAGUGAGAAGAGGAAGUUGAGGACCAAUGUGUUGUUCUCAUUGGACAGUUUAGACCUAACCCCCUACCUGUCCAGACCCUCAGCCAAUCACACCAGCUACUCUCUCUACGCAGUGGUGAACCACACAGGAGACCUAGACAUGGGUCACUACACGGCCCUGUGCCACAGUACCCUGUCCAGCAGCUGGCACCACUUCGACGACACGGCCGUGAGCGAGGUAGUGGACUUCUUGGUGCAGUCUCCUAACGCCUACAUCCUGCUGUACAGCCGUCAACCCUUCCACAGACCCAACAUACCCCGGAUCUGACCCACCACAGGCCCAACAUACCCCAGAUCUGACCUACCACAGACCCAACAUACCCCAGAUCUGACCUACCACAGGCCCAACAUACCCCGGAUCUGACCCACCACAGGCCCAACAUACUCCGGAUCUGACCCACCACAGACCCAACAUACCCCAGAUCUGACCCACCACAGACCCCCGAUACCCCGGAUCUGACCCACCACAGACCCACCAUACCCCAGAUCUGACCCACCACAGACCCAACAU